AUGGCGACCUGGCCGUGGCCCCGACGCAUCCACCCCCUAUACGAGGAAGUCGCCGCCGAGUCGAGCGCAUGGCUCAAGUCGUUCGCACCGUUCACGCCCGAGUCGCAGCACGCAUUCGACAAACGCGGUUCUUGCGCAGAAACCUUGCGCACCAGCAUAGACCUCAUGGACCUGUUCUUCGUGAUUGACGAGUAUACGGACCAUGAGCUGGCGCCAGCCGUGAAGGAGAUGGUCGGCAUGCUCCUCGACGCGGUGCACAACCCACAGAAGCCCCGUCCGGCGGGUGAGCCUAUUCUGAGUGAGAUGAUGAGAGAGUGGUCAGAGCGCUGUCUCCCGACCGCCACCCCGGAGGCAGCCUCCCAUUUCCUCAAAUCGUUCACGGACUAUCUCGAGGCGGUUGUCGCGCAGGCCGAAGACCGAUGCAGCGGCGCUGCCCGCUCGAUCGACAGCUUCAUAAAGAUCCGCCGCGAGAACAACGGCGGCCGCCCAUCCCUCUUCCCGAGCGAGCUGCACUUGAGCAUCCCGGACGAAGUCUUCUACCACCCAUACGUCGUCGAGAUGCAGGCGUGCAUCAUCGACAUGAUCACCACAAUCAAUGACAUCCUGUCGUACAACAGAGAACAGGCUACUCAUACCGACGACUACAACCUGGUCACGGUCGUCAUGCGGGAGCUUGGCAUGGACCUCGACAGUGCCAUUGAGUGGGUCGUAGAUUUCCAUCACGGCAUCGCAGCUCGGUUCAUCGAGGGACUUGAGCACCUUCCCUCCUUUGGGCCCGGGGUCGACGCGCAGCUCCAGGAAUACCUGCAGAACAUAGCCAACUGGCCGCGCUGCGUGGACAGCUGGAGCUUCGAGGCGGGGAGGUACUUUGGGGAGCGAGGUGUAGAGUACCAGAGGACGCGCCAGGUGCCUCUUCUACCAAAGAGUAAGCGAGACGUGCUAUACCAUCGCGAAGAGGUCCAGGUCCACCUCAUAGAGUACCUUGCCCAGCCGACCCCAGCAUAG